AGAAAUACGGACCGUUGAAGCUCCUUUCUUGGGAUCCAUUCGCGGGUAAAAAACGCUCCCGCCUCUUCUUCUGACCGGUCAGGCUCGGAUCCCUCCAACUUACUUUCCGUUUCCAUCCAGCGUCUUCUUCUCCACCGCCCACGUCACUCUCCAUCACAGCUUUCCACAUCUUUCUCUCUCUAGAACUCUCUCUCUCAUCUCUGAUUCUCUAUCACUUCUUCUUCCCCACCAGAAAAAUAAAAAACCCAACUCAGAGUUUUCAAAAAACCCGAUUUCCGGUUCUUGUUUUUUCGAAGACCCAAAAACGAUGAGCAGUCUGAGCUUGAAUCUCCCCCACUAUUCCGGCUUCACUCCCCGUUUCUCGCCCAGGCACGCUUUCCAGAUCCGCGAGUUCCGCGUCUUCCGCCGCCGCAGACUCAAACUCGCCCCGCGAAGCCAACUCGGAGGCGGAAUCCCAUUCCACGAAUUCAUUUCCCAAUUCCCGUCCCCCAGUUCUCUGGAAUUCAUCGCUCCGGUUCUCGGGAUCGUCUCCGGCGCCGCCCUCUUCCUCGCCAACAAUUCGAAUUCCAGUCCGGGUUCGAAACCCGUCGAGUGGAAAUUCGACUCGGAUAUCGGGGAGUGGGUGCUGUUCACCAGUCCGACGCUGUUUAACCGGUUCGUGCUGCUACGGUGUCCGUCGGUGUCGUUUCAAGGCAGCGAAUUGCUAGAAGACGUGAACGAGCGGCUGGUGAAGGAGGACAGGCACUUCGUGCGGUUGAGCAGCGGCAGAAUUCGUUUUGAUUCGGGUAGCGAAGCGGGGAGUUUUUUGGAGGAGAAAUUGGAGUAUCAGAGACUCUGUAUAAGUACGGACGACGGAGGAGUGAUAUCUUUGGAUUGGCCGGCGAAUUUGGAUUUGAGAAAAGAGCAUGGCUUGGACACCACCUUGGUUCUCGUGCCGGGCUCGGCAAUGGGAAGCUUGGAUUGGAGUGUCAGGUCGUUCGUGUGUGAAGCUCUCAGGCGAGGCUGCUUUCCGAUUGUUAUGAACCCGAGGGGCUGCGCCGGUUCGCCGCUCACCACGCCGCGGUUAUUUUCAGCUGCUGACAGCGAUGAUAUCUCCACUGCUAUACAGUUCAUUACUAAGGCUAGGCCGUGGACCACGUUGAUGGGUGUUGGCUGGGGUUAUGGUGCUAACAUGUUGACGAAGUACCUGGCAGAAGCUGGGGAGAGCACACCACUUACAGCUGCCACCUGCAUUGACAAUCCUUUUGACUUAGAGGAGGCCACUAGGUCCUCUCCUCAUCAGAUGGCUAUUGACCAGAGUCUCACCGAUGGCCUCAUAGAUAUUUUGAGAUCUAACAAGGAACUGUUUCAAGGAAAAUCAAAAGGGUUUGAUGUGGAACAAGCUCUUUCAGCAAAAUCUGUUCGUGAUUUCGACAAUGCAAUCUCCAUUGUAUCUUAUGGUUAUGAGGCCAUUGAGGAUUUUUAUUCCAAAUCAAGUACACGAGGUGUGAUUGGGAAUGUAAAGAUCCCCGUCCUAUUUAUACAGAAAAACGAUGGUUCAGCACCACUCUUCUCAGUUCCACGCAGUUUGAUAGCAGAAAAUCCAUUCACAAGCCUACUUUUGUGUUCUUACUUGCCUUCUAGUGUUAUGGAUGGUGGUAGAUCUGCUGUGUCUUGGUGCCAGCACGUAACAAUUGAGUGGCUCACAGCAGUAGAGCUUGGACUAUUGAAGGGCCGUCACCCUCUUGAUGUAGACCUACCCAUAGACCCUUCAGAAGGAUUAUCUCUUGUGGAAGGUAGACUGUCCAACAAUAGUGGUGCCAAGCUGUUGGAUCUUGCCCAGUCAGAUUCCUUAAAUGGAUAUACCGCAGGUCCCGCAAACAGUAUGCCUGAAGAAAAUGAUAAUGCUGCUAGCUUUUGGAUAAGAUCCAGAACGGACUCUUUGAGAAAGUCAGAGGUCCAAAACACAGGGUUGCAGCUUGUGGAAAAUGGUUCCCCGGAUCAGACUAAAUCUGAUGAUCAAGAAUUGGUCAAUGAGGAGGAAGUCAGUCCUGUAGGUGAAAAAGGUCAAGUGUUACAGACAGCAGAAGUUGUGAUGAAAAUGCUAGAUGUAACCAUGCCUGAUACUCUUACAGAAGAAAAGAAGAAGAAGGUCUUAGCAGCAGUUGAUCAAGGAGACACGCUGAUGAAAGCUUUGCAAGAUGCAGUGCCGGAAGAUCUUCGUGGAAAGCUAGCAUCUGCUGUUUCUGGAGCUCUGCAUACUCAAGGCACAAACCUAAAGUUUGAUCAACUUUUGGGUAUUGCUCGGAUUCCUGACAUGUCUUCAGGUCUAAAGUCAAAGAUUAAGGACAAGGUCAUGGGAAAAUCAAGUUCAGAAGGGGUACAGAAAGAUAAUCGUUCAUCGGAUCUGUUGAAAAAGGAUGAUCUGGUGGACAGGUCAACUAACAAACUACCUGAUGCAAACAAGCGUCCAGGGGGUUUAGAAUCAGAGGAUCCUCCCUCAGAGGGAUCAGAAACGAUUUCAAAUCUGGACCAGUCUCAAUCGUUAAGCAGUCAGGAAAGUGAUAUUUCUGGUUCUGUUGGAAAGGACACCAGCGAAUCAGGAAAUGAUUCUUCCAAAGAAAAGGCUCCUGAAGAUCUUUCCAAUAGUGAAAAGUUUGUAAAUCUAGACCAGUCUCAAUCGUUGAGCAGUCAGGAAAGUGAUAUUUCUGAUUCUGUCGGAAAGGACACUAGCCAAUCAGGAAAUGAUAAGUCUUCCAAGGACAAGGCUCCUGAAGAUCUUUCCAAUAGUGAAAAGGGUUCAAAACUAGAAACGACCCCUAACAAUUCCAGCCAGGCUGAAAUCGUUGGUGGUACUGAGGAAGCAAUUGUUGAGGAGCAGAAAGACCAAGAUGGUAGAAUCACUCCGUUAGACACAAAGAAAGAGGAAGACAAUGAUAAUCAAAAGAGGGAUAAUAAGAAUGUGCAGCCCAUGGUGGACCAAAGUAAGAACUUCAGCGUUUCUGAGGCAUUCAAUGCAUUGACAGGGAUGGACGAUAACACCCAAAUGGCAGUCAACAAUGUUUUUGGUGUUAUAGAAAAUAUAAUAACUCAAAUGGAGGAGAGUUCACAUGAAAGUGUAGUAAAAGAAGUUGAUUCUGUAUCAGAGUCUGAAUCUGCAAAGGACCAUGUCUGUGAUAUCAAUAGUCAAGAAGAUUCAGAAGCAAGUAAGACUGACAAAAAUGUACAGAUGGAUAUGUUAAGCAAUGUCCGUGUAUCUGAUCACCCUGAGAAUGGUGCGGAUUUGCAACCUGAUGCACCAAAUGGAUGGGUAGAGAAGUCUAAUCAAAGCCCCUCAUCAGCUUAUGGGAUUGGUUUGAACAGUUCUCAGGGAAGUGAUGCAGUUAACAGUGUAGGUGAUGAUAAAAAUGAAAAGAAGGAUCAACUAGUUGGUACAAAUCUUCUUAAUCAUGUAAAGAAGCCACCGCUUUCCGUAACUUCAAUUCCAUAUGGGGUGAAUACUCUCGUUUCAAAUGUACCUGACGAAUCACUUGAUUUAGAUUCAACCGCUGCUCUGUUGUUGGACUAUUUUCCAGAAGAAGGUCAGUGGAAGCUCUUAGAACAACCGGGACAAGUUGAAAGUUCUGUUGGUAACGCUGCAACUCAUAGGGGUGUUGACAGAAAGAUUCACACCCAUUCACCUGCAAAGGUAAAUGGUAAAGUUAUCGAAACAUCAUAUGUAAUAUUAGAUACAGAAAAGCAUCAGGAACCAGUUAAAGGAUAUCAGGAACCAGUGAAAGAAUAUGAAACAGUGGAAAAUAUUGAGGGGAGAGUUGAAAUUGGUAAAGAGAAAAUAGAGGAGUUUAUGCAAUUUGUGAAAAAUAUUGUGUUGCAUACUUUGAAGCUUGAAGUGGGUCGCAGAAUAAGUGCGGAUGACAUGAAAAGGAUGGAACCCUAUCUUUACAAAGAUAUGGAAAAAGUGGCUAAUGCAGUUUCAUUUGAUGUUGGACAUGACAAGUAUGCUCCAUGUUUGGAAGUUGAAUACCAUAGUAUUAUUGACUGCACUUCGGAAAAAGUUGGUACUCUCCAUGGUGAGCAUAUAAUAAGAGCCAUAUCAUCUGCUGUUCAGGGCACUAGUCACUUGAGAAGAGUGCUGCCAGUUGGUGUUAUAGUAGGCUCAAGCCUAGCGGCACUGAGAAAAUAUUUUGAUGUGGUUACGAUCCAUAAUUAUGGUCAAAUAGAAGCCUUGACGCUUGGUCGAGCAAAAGUAUCUGGAAAAAAAGAUCUGGGCAAGGCUAGUGGCACAGAGAUUCACCACAUGCCUGUUGAUAAAUCUGAUCAAAAUGCUAGCUUGGACAGUUCAGUUAACAGGGAAGAGGAAAAGACCGGGUUGAAGAAUAUCAACAACAGUGUUGUGGUUGGUGCUGUUACAGCUGCCCUAGGGGCAUCUGUGUUAUUCGUGGGGCACCAGGAUUCGUACAAAGGUGAUGAAACUUCUGGUGAGAGUUUGUCCAAGUCGUUGGUGAAAGGUAAAGGUCAGAAGGAGCCUGACAAGUUUGAAGAGGCUGAGAAAAACCAAAGUAACAUUGUUACAAGUCUCGCUGAGAAAGCCAUGUCAGUUGCUGCUCCCGUGGUACCCACCAAGGAAGGUGGUGAAGUGGAUCAAGAAAGAUUGGUCGCAAUGUUGGCAGAUUUGGGACAAAGGGGUGGCAUGUUGAGGUUAGUUGGAAAAGCUGCUUUGCUUUGGGGUGGUCUACGUGGUGCGAUGAGUUUGACUGAUAAGCUUAUCCAGUUUCUUCAUAUAGCUGAGCGUCCCUUAAUCCAGAGAAUUUUUGGGUUUGUCGGUAUGGUUCUUGUUUUGUGGUCGCCAAUCAUCGUUCCACUACUUCCAUCAUUUUUGCAAAGCUGGGCAACCAAUACAUCCUCUAGAUUUGCUGAACUUGCUUGCAUUGUUGGCCUCUACACUGCUUUUAUGAUACUUGUUGUGAUAUGGGGUAAAAGAAUACGUGGAUAUGAAAAUCCUCUUCACAGAUAUGGGCUAGAUUUAACGUCAUUUGCAAAGUUAGGUAAUUUUUUGAAGGGCUUGAUUGGUGGAGUUGUCCUUGUUUUGUCAAUACACUCUGUAAGCGCACUACUUGGCUGUGUGAAUCUUGCCUGGCCUUCUACUCCGUCUUCUUUGGAUGCUGUGGCACGGCUCAAAGUGUAUAUGCAAGGGCUUAUGACGGUUGGUCAAGGAGUUGUAGUAGCUACUGGUAUUGCUCUUGUGGAAGAAUUGCUUUUCAGGGCAUGGCUGCCCCAAGAAAUUGCUGCAGAUCUUGGAUAUCAUCGAGGAAUAAUUAUAUCAGGACUUGUGUUCGCUUUAUCCCAGAGGUCUCCGCUAUCAGUACCAGGACUAUGGCUUCUAUCUUUGAGUUUAGCAGGUGCUCGGCAAAGAAGCGAAGGCAGCCUUGCGAUUCCAAUCGGCUUACGUGCAGGAAUUAUCGCUUCAAGUUUCAUCAUACAGAGAGGUGGCUUCCUAACCUACCGGGCUAACUUUCUUCCUUGGAUUAUGGGGACACAGCCAUUCCAACCGUUUAGUGGGCUAAUUGGUUUUGCAUUCACCUUAGUUUUAGCACUAGUUCUGUACCCUACGCAGCCUCUUCGUAAAGAGAACGUGGAAAGGACAAUUGAAGAAUUUAAAAAACAGCACGGUGGUGAAUAGUGGUGGUCUUGUCGCAGUCUUCUUGUUGCUUACCGGUAGUGUUUGCCCGGAUACUUCUGCCUUGUAGCAGAAACAGCCGCUGGUCACCGGAAUCAAGCAUGGGAGAUUCAGAAUGGAAAUGUUGCUCGUUCCAAGUGCUUCAUGUGACCUUUUCGUCGCCAAUGCUACAACUCGCCAAGGCGAUGGACAUGGUGUAUAUAUUUACGGUUUCAUACAAGCUGCAGGCAAAUUUUGUAACUAUGUUUUUACUGUACAUUACAUUUGGAAUUCCGAGUAUGUAAAUUCAUUCUUAUUCCGACUCUAUGUACGUAAACAAGAAAUAAAAUCGACAACCUGUCAUUUUUUUGUAAA